UAUUUAUGGGAUAAAACAACUUGAUCAAUAAUUCUAACCAAAUCCGAGAGGGGCUGAAAAGUCUUCAAAUAUAAUUCAUUUGUUUCUUCUCUCAAAAUCUUGAGCAAAUUAAGGAGAAGAUGGAAGGCCUAAUUCCAAUGGUAUUCAAAAGCAUCAAGAAAAAUGGAGUUAGACGGCAAUACAAAUCUCUAUCUUCUGUUGCAACUGAUAAAACUCAGUAUAAUAUUGCUGAUUUUUACACAAAUGAUAAUGGUUAUUACAGCAAACAAUAUGAGUAUGGCGGCUGGCGAGAACCCGAAAGGAUCUCAGGUUUUCAUGCAGAUGGUAGCACCGGGCGCCACCACAGGCGCCGCUACUCUGUUGGUGUUGAUUAUUCUGCGGCCUCGGAGUUGGAGGAUUCUGUUGAGUCCAAGCAACUUGUGAGGUACAGGAGCCUCAGAAUGUUCUCAUGUGUGACUGGUGGGUGAAAUUAAUAUAUGUUUGGUAGGUUGGACUGGACAGGACAACAUCCGAUGAAGAAACACAAGUUCAAAUCUUGUCUACUUUGAGGUGAUUAGCAUUUUUGUUUUAUUGACAGUUUAGCAUAUCAAGGAUUCAUAGUUCUUACUUCCUCAAUCAAUUUGUUUUUCUGUUGAAGAUUUCUUUGUAAAUAUUCUUGAGAAAUUUGAGAACUUUGGGACUGUAUGCAAGACAGAUGUUACUAUAUUGAUAUCGAGAAAACUUAUCAAUC